AUGUAAAAUAAAGCUUGCGAUUGGAUUUGUAUAGAAUGCAGGAAUUUGAAUUAUUCUUUUAGAAAGAUUUGCAAUAGAUGUUAAUAGUGCUCAAGAGAUGCACCAGGAAUUUAAUUUAUUCCAAACAAAAUUGAUUCUGGAUUAUAGAUUCUUGAAACAAUAAAACUUUAACAAAUAGAUUUAGGGGGAAGCAAUCAUAGUUCAGCCGAUAGCAACGAUGAUGAUGAAGAUAAUGGAAUAUUCUCUCAAGCUUUAUUUCUACAGGAUUUAUCGAAAAACUCCGACAGUUUUAAAAAAUCAUUCUCUUUCUUGAAAAAAUGUUAAGUUUGCUGUAAUCAGAACUACUUUUACUUGUAAAAGUGUAGUAAUUGCGGAAACUCUUCAUUUAAUUGAUUCUUUAUAUUAACAUUAAAUCUAAGUCUUAUAAUUAUUA